AUGACAACUUAUAUUUUCUUUAAUAAAAUCUAUUCUUGUUCGUACGCUAAGGAUAUUUUCCCUACGAAUUCCUAUUAUGAAAUUAAACUUUAUAAAUCGGAUAAACUUUCGGACGAAGACUAUUUUAAGGUUCUUGAUGCGAAAAGAUAUUCAGAGAAUUCAACUAGGUUUUAUGAUUUAAAGAAUGUGUUAUCCAGCAGCAUUGCUUUGAAGGCUGAUUACACAUCUAAGCUCUGGGCCACCUAUUACGGCAAUAUAAUAGUCGGUUCCGCCAAAGAGACGAAUUCAUUCAGGGUACUGUUUGAUACUGGGUCAUCUGAAUUCUGGGUUCCAUAUGAACUGUGCGUAUCGAGGCAGUGCUUAAGCCGCAAGAGGUACCAUAAAACCUACGAGUGGCGAGCCAAACGUGACAAUAAGGGAAACUAUGUUCCUAUCGAAAUUAAGUACUUAUCGGGUGAAAUUGAUGCAAUAGACGGGACGACAAAUGUUAAUUUGUUAAACGGAAUAACUCUGAAGGAUGUAAACGUCGGACUUGCUACUAAUAUCAAUAUUCCUGCACUGGGUGACACACACUGGGACGGAAUCGUCGGCCUGGGAUUUAAGACAAAGGAAAUGGAAUCCAGGGGUUCAAGGCCUCUUUUAGAGUCAAUUAUGUGCAAUAAAUCGCUAUAUCCCAACUAUAGAAACCAAGUAGCCUACUACGUAUCGAAAAACGGAGGAAAUAUCUCAUUUGGUGGCAUCAAUCCCAACUAUAAAAGAUCGCAAAACGACGAAUUUGUAUGGGCUCCCAUCGUAAAAGACUCAGUUUACUGGAGCCUUAAGUUAAAAGACGUUAAAUUUAAGACAACGACAAGACAUAAGAGCCCAAAUAGCCUGAGUGCAAACAGUGAUUUCAUAUCCUUAAUGAGCAAAAUAGAUGAUGUGAAGGUUAUCAUGGACACAGGAUCAUUUCUAAUCUACGCGCCCCAAAGUAUGAGUCCGCUUCUGGCCAAACUGCAGGUCACAUCCUGUGACGAAGUAAUGGAUAAACCGGUUUUAGUGUUUAUAAUCGAAGGAAAAUCAGGUUUGCAUAAUGUUAACCUGGAGCUGAAGCCUGAGGACUACAUCAUCAUGUAUGAGGACUCUAAUGGAACGAAACAUUGUACACUCGGAAUAGUACCAGAUAAUCAGCAAGAGGAAUUGGGAUUUAACGCGUGGACAUUCGGAGAGUUGUUUUUGAGGGCAUAUUAUACAGUUUAUGAUUACGAAUCCAAACAAGUUGGUUUCGCACCAAGCAAGAAGAUAGAUUAA